UCUGUUUGUAAACCUUAUGCAUCAAACACAACAACGACGAUGUCAGCGCUGGAUAAUUUCGACAAGUUUUUCCGCUUGGACGGAAAGGUAGCUCUGGUCACAGGUGGUUCCAGGGGUCUUGGAUUACAUGCAGCGACCGCUUUCCUCAGGGCAGGCGCAAAAACAGUGUUCAUCACCGCAAGAAAGGCAGAAGGCGAUCAAGGAAUUAACCAGGCAGUCGACAAACUCAACGCAAUACCAGGGAUUAAGGGUAAAGCUGUCGGACUCGCCGCUAAUGUCGCUCAAGAAAAAGAUAUUGAGCGACUCUCAACCGAAAUCAAGAAGAUUGAGUCCGGAGUGCACAUUCUUGUCGCAAAUGCAGGAGCCACAUGGGGAGGUCCUUUUGAGACUACUCCUGACUGGGCCAACCAGAAAGUGUUAGAUCUCAAUGUGAGAGGAAUAUUCAAUAUUGUCAAGAUAUUUCUCCCUUUACUCGAAAACGCGGGAACACCUCAAGACCCGGCAAGGGUGAUUGUUGUUAGUUCUACCGCUGGUAUCAAUGUUCCCCAUGUGGGCGAACACGGCACAAUCAUGUAUUCGGCAUCCAAGGCAGCAGCACAUCAUCUUGCGCGAAAUCUUGCGGUCGAACUUGGUCCCAAGAAUAUUACGACCAACACAAUCGCACCGGGCUUCUUCCCCUCAAAACUGGCCAGUGGACUCAUUGACCUACUGGGUGGCGAACAGGAGCUCAAAGAUGCAAACCCUAGACGAAGGCUAGGGGUCCCAGAGGAUAUUGCUGGCGCUAUGCUAUACCUUGCUGGCCCAGCGGCGGCAUACGUAAACGGCGUGUCUAUAGAAGUGGAUGGAGGCGCCCAUCUCUCCGCAGGUCGAAUGACUAAGCUAUAGCAGACAGGUUUUGAAUACUGCUGUUGACGAUUCACGUCAACCACGAGCAAGUCCAGGGGCAUCGAAAGCCGAAUUAAGCUUAGCUCAGCCUUGUCAUGCUGAAGGAUCACCCUCGGCUGUGCAUGACUCGCGCGUGCGGGGUUGCCAAACUCUGGAGAAAUGGCGGCAAACAUUUUCCA